GGACCGAUCGGCACUAUCCCAUAUUAAUUUCCAGUCCCAGAUUUUUGCCCCCCUCUCCUUAUAGGGAGAGGGGGGAAGAGCCUUGGCGCCCAGCCAGAAGGAACCCACCACCCUCAAGUAAUUUACCCAUUCCAAUCCCUGCGAAGACGGAAAGUUCACGCGGGGCGCAACCGCAAAACCCCAGAAAUGUUUUUGAAAGUAAACACAAACAACAAACUGAAGCUUUGACAAGGUCACUUGACCGCUGCCUUUCUUCUCCCCAGACCUCGACAAUCGACACCAGAAUCGCAACAGUAGUCGAAGAAAAAAAACAAGGCGAUCAAGUCGACAAUGUCGGCAGAAGCAGUCGAGACGGGUCCUGCCACGCAACAACGCAAGAAGCCGAUUCGAACAUAUGGGAGGCGGUCUGCCGCCGCCGCCGCCAAAGAACGCGCAAAACCCUCGACGCCGCGACAGCUGAGUCCCCAAGAUACGCCAGCACCACAGCUACCGCCGCCCAACUUGGCUGCUACCGUUCCUCCGUCUGUCGAAUGCUGCCCGAAACCCAACGCGCCCAAGUCUGGCUCGAUCCUGUCUUUCUUCAAGGCAAAGCCCAAGACACCCGCACCCAGUACCAGUAAAGCGACUACACCCGCACCACCUGCCUCCGACGAGUUGAUAUCGACACCUCCGUCACCACCGCCUUCUGGCUCCGGACAGAGAAAGCGCCGCAGACUAACGACCCGUCCGACCUUUGACGAUGAUGUCGCUGGCGAUUAUCAAGCAGGCAAAAGAAGGAAAGAAAGUGGGGACGAGACAUCAGAAGCGAGAGAUGGGACACCAAUCAACACAGCUUCAGCUUCUAUAACCGAGACCGAUGCGACAGUAAUAACCACCUCGAAACAGCUUGUUAUCCAAAAGAAACGCACAGCCAAGACCCCGACGAAGGAAAUGGUGCAGACCACGUUAAGUCUCGCAAUUGGCGAGCCCCGGCCCCAGUUCAUUGUUUGCAAGGAAUGCAGCAUGCUCUACAACCAUCUUAAUGACAAAGACCGGAAAGACCACAAGAGGGUACACGUGGCUCAUAUCCGGACCAACUUAAGGAAGUAGAAUAGUAGAUCUGUCAAUGAUAUUUGUCAGAUCUCGCGGCACCCUUUGGAGUUUGGAUAAUCUGCCGAUCUCGAAUUGGCUACACGAUGAAACUCCUGCAAAGAAACAGUUCACCCAUCGCGCAUAACCACUUUGGGGCGGUUGCAUCAUUUGCUUCAGGAAUCUUGGCUGUGUUUUUGUUUGUCAAGACCUUUGGGGAAACUAUAAAUGAUCGUAAUGGUUCCGGCUGGACAGUCCUCGGUAAUAGGA